GAAGGGAGGGGGUUUCACAAAUGUGUUGGUUGGUUGCAUCAGACAGUAGACGAAUGAAAUGAGAAGUUUGAGUAAUUCAUGAAAAUCAUUAAUACGCAGAAUAAUUCCAACUCCGGGAAAGUCAUUAUAGGCCCACGCACAUCCAGGGAGGCAGGUGUGCAGAGAAGUGUAAACGUCUGCUCUCUAAAUAUACUCCACUGUCCAUCUCAUCAGAUAUACUCCACUGUCCAUCUCAUCAGAUAUACUCCACUGUCCAUCUCAUCAGAUAUCUCUGAUACUACAGUAUGUGGUGAGUGAUCCAGCACUAUGUCCCAGCAUGCAUUGUUGUCAGCGGGGACCAAGGCAUGGCGCUCCCUGGCCUGCUCACGGUCAGAGCUCCGUCUGGACCUCACACUAGGCUGCGGACAGAGCUUCCGCUGGCGAGAGACAGGGGAUGGCCACUGGACCGGAGUGAUGGGGGGACGAGUGUGGACUCUCACCCAGACAGACGACACUCUAUGGUACCACACAUACAAUAGCCCCAACACCACAGCAGAGGGGGAUGGGAGGAAGAGGAAGGCAGGUGCCCUGCUCCAGGGGUCAAAGGGGUCAUGGAAAAGAUCCAAGGGAGUGAAGGAGCAAGAAGACGAGGAGCCAGUGGCUGUGACCCCUGACCCAGACAGGAAGGAGGAAGAUCUGCUGAAUGAUUAUUUCCAGCUGAAGGUGAAGCUGGGGGAUCUGUACAGCGAGUGGGGAGAAGCCGACCCACACUUUAAAAGCAUUGCCAACAUCUUCACAGGUGUGCGUAUGCUGCGUCAGGACCCAGCAGAGUGCCUGUUCUCCUUCAUCUGCACCUCCAACAACCACAUCUCUCGUAUCCAGGGCAUGGUGGAGAGGCUGUGCCAGUCCCUGGGCACCCCUCUGUGUCAGCUGGACCAGACCAGCUACCACGACUUCCCCUCCCUGCAUGCCCUCGCAGACAACAGUGUGGAGGCGUGUCUGAGGGACCUGGGGUUUGGGUACAGGGCCAGGUUCCUGCAGCAGAGUGCCAGACAGAUCCUGGACUCUCACAGUGGGCACCAGUGGCUCCAGGGGCUCCGCAGUGCCCCCUAUCUGCAGGCCCGUGACGCACUGCGUACCCUGCCCGGGGUAGGCCCCAAGGUGGCAGACUGUGUGUGUCUGAUGUCUCUGGACAAGGCCUGUGUCGUGCCUGUGGAUACACACGUGUGGCAAAUCGCAAAACGAGACUACAGUUGUGCGGCGGGCAACGGGCAGAAGAGUCUCACAGACAAGGUCCACCGUGAAAUAGGGGACUUCUUCAGGCACCUAUGGGGUCCUUACGCUGGUUGGGCACACUCGGUGUUGUUCUGUGCUGACCUGAAGAAGUUCCAGAAGCUGAAAGAAACACCCUCUCUGAAACAGGAGGAGGAGGAGAAGAAGGUCAAGAUAAAGGUUGAGGGAGAGGGAAUGGGAAGGAACAAGAAAAUCAGAAAAACGUGUGAUAGAAAGGUGAAAAAGUCUGUGAAGGAGGAGGAGGUGGAGUGAGGUCAGCAGAGGUUAUGUGUUGAUGAUUUAUGUUAGCUCAGGAAGCUAACCUGAAUGUCUGUCAUUCUAUGCGCACAUCUCUCUGGAGCAGCUAGGCUAUGAGUAUGGCAAUCUUACCUGUUCUCUUCAUGUUCAUGACAGGAUCAACUGCAAACCAAGGUCACUGUCAGUGGAGAUUGUUCCUGAUCACUUUGUAGAAUGUUGUAAGACAGAGCUAUAAAUGAUACAUGUUAUAAAAGAGACAGAGUUCACUCCCAACCAGACUUCUCACAUUAUCUGUCAUAUAUUUCUGUGUUCAGGCUCUAAACUGAAGGCUACUGAUUAAUUUUACUGCGAUUUCUGUCUGUGAAUGAAGCUGUACAGGGAUGUGUCAUUUUACACUGCCGUCUCUACAUAUGAACUACACACAUAGAAACCGUGUGUUUAUCAUAUAUUUUCUAGAUUAAUGGACCACUACACAGACUCUAUAACAGUUAAUUUUUGUAAUGAAAUAAACAGGUUUUGGACUAUU